AUGGAAAACUUCAGCGAUAUUUUAACUGCUACAAACUCAACAUUAAUCCACGAUCAUCACGAUCAUGAUCACGAUCACGGCGACAACUCUCAUGCCUUAGUUGCCGUCAACGUCAUCGCAGCUAUCAUCAUCGUUCUUUUCGACCUCCUAAUCGUGGUUUGCAACGUCUUCAUGCUCGCUGUUCUACGCCAUCCUCUUAUCCAGGACAUCGGGGAGGUGAACAUUUUUCUUUUCCGGAUCAUGGCCAUCGUGGAUAUCUUCGGCGGGUGUGCAAGCACGACCUUUCAGCUUUACUCAGAACCAAGUUUCUUCGUAGAACAUGGUGUACCCUCGCCUUGGCUGUGUCUGCUUCUGCUCUUCUUCUGCUUCUACACUGCAAAUUUGUCCAUCUGGUUGCAGUGUCUGAUCACGACCAAUAAGUAUCUCAUGGUGUCAUAUCCCCUGCGUUACCUCAACCUGGUGAACGAAAAAAGAUUCGCUAUCGCGUUAUCAAUCUGCGUUCUGCUCUCUCUCAACUGCGCCACUUUCUUGCCAAUCCCGUCAUUCCCUUACACGUCGCGUGGUUUGUACUUCUGUCGCGACGGCAUCUUCGACAAACCAUCUUUGACCGUCGAUCUGGGGAUCUUGGUCGCAUGCAUCGCCUUUCCCGCCCUGAUCACCUCCCUACUCAACAUCCGUCUGCUAGCUGUGUCCGUAUCUCAAUGGAGGAAGGUCCACGCGCUGGACUCGAUAUCCAGCGGAACGUCUUCAGACAACCCUCCAGGAAAUCGCCCUCAAGGACCGCGUUUUCGCGGUAUUAAGACCAUCAUCCUUCUCGUCAUUACUUCGUAUUUUUACGUCAUCUUCAGUGCUUUGUUCAUCGCGGUCCAUCCUCUUCUGGUAACCGAUAUUCUCCACGCUACGGUCGGAAAUCUGUUAUAUUUGAUGUCUCUGAGCAGCUUCUGGUGGAAACUCUUUGUACUUGUUCUGACCAAUGGAAUUUUUAGAAGUGUAUCUCAGAGAGUGUGGUCGGACUUUAAGAACAUAUUCUCACGAAUGUAA